AUGCCUGGUGAGUACUUUUGAUGGAGUCUAUCAAGCUCUAGCUGUCCGUGCUUGCACCUUCCGCUCGCUUGCAGCCACGCGUUGGGUGCGAGCGGGGGUGAUAGCCCGUGUUCUGCUCCCUGAUCGCGUCACCUUACUUUGGAGUCCCACUGCGGCCGUCUCGGGGAAGCCCAACCAACCCUCGCUGACACGUCACCCUCUCGUUGACUCAGGAACCAACCCCGAACUGACCUCACCACCUGUGACGGGUUCAUCAACCUCGGUCUCGUCCAAAGUCGCUGCACCGAUCCCAGCCGCCGGCGGCCGCGCCGCGACGCACGCCCUCGCUUCUCGUCGUGAAAGCGUCACCGUCCAGGACUCGCUCGCCAACAGUGGCAGUGGCAGUGGCAGUGGCAGUGGCAGUGGUGCAGCCUCUUUCUCGUCUUCCCCAGCGGAGAAGAAACAUGCGCUCAAGGAGUUUGCAGAGGAUGGAAGGCACUUCUCCCUCGUCAGGUGAGUGGGCUUGGCCAGGUUGCUUCGGGUUGGAUCAUGAUGGGGGAUCGUCGUCAUCGCGAAGGACUCCAGGAACGGCCAUCGACGGCUCGCACACAAUGUCCUACCCGCACAAUGUCCUACCGAGCGCUGCGCACCCAAGCUGACCAUCGCACACACCUUACCUGACAGGAACUUUCGGUUGGCCGAUAUCGUCACACUCGGCAACGGGUUUUGCGGUGCCUUGUCCAUCUUCUCCUCGGCCAAGUACCUCCUCACCGCAGAUCGAGCCUACCUUUGGUCAGUUCAUCGCAAGCCAUCAGCGAUCGUGUAAACAACAACGCUUUGCUGAUCUUUUGUGACGUCGGCUUACAGGCACGCACUUUGGUACCCCGUCGGUGGUUUCAUCUUUGAUGCCUUCGAUGGCAAGGUCGCUCGCUGGAGGAACGAGAGCAGUAUGCUGGGGCAAGAGCUCGACUCGCUAGCCGACUCGGUAGGUCGUCACGCGUCAUUUCCAAUCGGUGUCACCGCGACCAGAAUCUAAUCUUGAACGAGUGUUGACUUGCAGAUCUCGUUCGGUGUUGCGCCGGCCGUCGCCGCGUUCUGCAUCGGCCUCCGCACACCCGCGGACACGUUCGUCCUUACCACCUUCAUCUGCGCCGGGAUCGCACGCCUCGCCCGCUUCAACGCCACCGUUGCCCUUGUCCCCAAGGAUGAUGCAGGCAAAUCAAAGUACUUUGAAGGACUGCCCAUCCCUUCGUCCCUUUUCCUCGUCGGCGUCAUGGCUUAUCUCGUCAAGAAUGGGAUGAUCGAUGGUCCUGGAGGGCGAGGUGCGGGUCUACCGGGUGGGAUCAUUAUGCCGCUGAGGGAAGCGUUCGGAAUCGACCUUCAUUAUGCUGCCAUUGUUUGGUUCGUUUGGGCGAUGAUGAUGGUCUCGAAAACCCUGAGGUCAGUCGUCAUUCUCUUCCUGGCUGGGCACCGCAGCGGAGUAUCGUUAACGCUUGGGUCUCGCUCCGAUCGUUCAGGAUCCCAAAACUUUGAUUCUGUCCAAGACCGAACGAUGAUGAUUGGGCUGCAGACCAUGUGCGCGCAGGUUGAGGUUCAGAGGCAUGAUCCGGACGUCGCCGAAGUCGUCUUCUCCCUCCUGCCGUUGAAACGCUACGCAGCCUUGUACCAUUAG